AUGGCAAAUUAUUCCUUUGCUGCAUACGACAAGAAAAAAAAACGUCAAGGGUAUAUCGAUCGACCGAAGAGAGACAAACUGACAAGUGCAGGGCUGAGAGGAAAAAAGAACAAAAUGGCAACAUGCUACGACGCUGACAGUGCCAAAUAUGAGUACUGUGCUUCUCAUCUCUCAACUUACGUUGCUGUAGGAAUCAUUAUACCAUUAGCUAUUUUAUUUAUCAUCGCACUCGUCUAUUUCUAUCUUCGAUGCCGACAAAAACAAUUACGACGAGCACAACAACAAACGUAUAUGGCAACUAUUAUUCCGAUUUAUAAUAGCGAUCAGAUACCUCCGGGAACGUAUGAUUAUUCGUAUCCGCCUCGAUACACUUCAAUGAUAUCGAAUAGUUCGGAUAAACCACCGUCCUAUGAACAAACCAUGCAGGAAACAAUAGAAACGAAUGCGGAUGAAACUACUGCGGACCGUUCGGCAGCUGUGACCAGUUCCUCAUCGUCGGCGGAUGCAACUACUAGAAAUCAAUCAUGA